CAGGACACUCACUGCUCCUGUGCGGCUGACAGACGGACGGACCUCCGCUACAGCAGCGCCACUUCCACCGCCGCCGCUCUCUCACAUUUGGAUAUUGUGCUUCCUGGACACGCAGCGGCAACUUGAACGGCACACAUGGCUGUGUCAUUGUGCUUCUUGUGACGGCUUAUUUCUCCUUUUUCCUCCCUCUCUGUCUCGCUCUCUCUCUGGAAGUGAAGCGAGCACAGAGAGCAGCGCGUCCGUCUCCACCGAGUGGACAUUUUCACUUUUCGGCGUGAAGCUCCAUUCAUUUGCUGCGUUGUUGAGACUCUCACACACAGACACGCGCGCGCGCUGUGCGGUGACAUUAAAGGGACCGUCAGUGACACACUGAGCUCAGACACAUGUCACUGAUACAAUUCACGCGAAACGUUAGCUAGUGUUUGAAAAGAAGCUGCUAACGUUAUUGACCGGGCACCGUGUGUGUGUGUGUGUGUGUGUGUGUCGGUGUAGCAGUGUAACGUUACAUUGCUUAUUUUUCAUUGUUUUCCUCCUUUUUUUAAAAAACAAAUCGUCUGCUUUAGCUACAAAGUCACGAGAGCACCCGCGGUGUGUGAAGUUGGUGACACUUGUAGCACAAAAACCCCACAAAGUAACCUCGCGCCUCAUGUGUGACGUUUCACGACAACACGAAGGCAAAGUUUCAGCGUUGAUCGCUUGUGUUCUUCCCGGAGCGUAAAGGUCACAGGGACGGGUCAUCUGUUCGCCUCUAACCCCUCCUCCUCCUCUCCCUGUCAGUCUGUGAUGAAGAUGUGAACUCCCUCACUCCCUUCCCUCUUUUCUCAGAGCGCUUUGAUAUUUUUUUUUCCUCCCUCCUCUUCCUCCUCCUCCUCCUCCUCCUCCAACUCGCUUGGCUUCAAAGGGAUCGAGCCAGACCUCCGUGUCUCGGGGAUGUACGAAAGCGUGGAUGUUGUGGGUUUGAGCCCCAGCCCCGGCCGCAGCAGCAGCCCCAGCCCCGGCUCUUUUCUGAGCAUGGACUACUACCACCGACACCCGGGGCUCGGGCCGGAAAAGGGUCUCCUGUCCGGGGUAGGAGGACUCCAGCGUCCGUUCGGAGGGUCACUGGUGACCAGCAGACACUGGAGCGGAUCCUGCCACUCUGUAGAGACCGAGAGCACGAGUUCAGGGGAGGACCUGCUGGUCCUCGGCCCCCCCUCACCUCCACCUCCACCACGCAUCUACAAGCCCUGCUUUGUGUGUCAGGACAAAUCGUCAGGAUACCACUACGGAGUCAGCGCUUGUGAGGGCUGCAAGGGCUUCUUCCGGAGGAGCAUCCAGAAGAACAUGGUGUACACCUGCCACCGAGAUAAAGUCUGUGUCAUCAACAAGGUGACGAGGAACCGCUGUCAGUCCUGUCGACUGCAGAAGUGCUUCGAUGUCGGCAUGUCCAAGGAGUUGGUGCGGAAUGACCGGACAAAGAAGAAGAAGGAGGAGAAGAGGCAGGCGGAGGUGGAGAUCUACGUUCUGUCGGCAGACACUGAGCAGAUGAUCGCACAAGUUUGCCGCGCGCAUCAGGGCACGUUUCCCUCCAUGUGUCAGCUGGGAAAAUACACCACGAGCAACAGCUCGGAGCACCGCGUCUCACUGGACGUCAACCUCUGGGACAAGUUCAGCGAACUGUCCACCAAAUGCAUCAUUAAGACGGUGGAGUUCGCCAAACACCUGCCCGGCUUCACGACGCUCACCAUCGCCGACCAGAUCACGCUGCUCAAAGCCGCCUGUCUGGACAUACUGAUUCUGAAGAUCUGCACUCGCUACGCUCCGGACCAGGACACCAUGACGUUCUCCGACGGUCUCACUCUGAACCGCACUCAGAUGCACAACGCCGGGUUCGGACCGCUCACGGACCUCGUUUUCUCCUUCGCCAACCAGCUGCUCCCGCUGGAGAUGGACGACGCAGAGACGGGACUGCUCAGCGCCAUCUGCCUGCUCUGUGGAGAUCGUCAGGAUCUCGAGGAACCAGAGAAGGUGGAUGUUCUUCAGGAGCCGAUGCUAGAAGCUCUCAAGAUGUAUGUGAGGAGGAGGAGGCCGGACAAACCCUGCAUGUUCCCCAAAAUACUGAUGAAGAUCACUGACCUCCGCAGCAUCAGUGUGAAGGGAGCGGAGCGAGUGAUCACACUGAAAAUGGAGAUUCCCGGCUCCAUGCCUCCGCUCAUCCAGGAGAUGCUGGAGAACUCUGAGGGUCUGGAGAGUCACGGAGCCGGGGGAGAGAAAGGAGGAGAAGACGGAGAGGACGACGAGGAGGAAACGGACAUGAGGAGCUGUCGUCCCACUCCGUCUCCCAAAUCGGUCCCCUCUUCCAGCCCGAGCCCCGUACCCCGCCCCCCUGCUCCGUCUCCCUCCACCUGAGGAUCCGGUGCUCGGCACCUCUAGCUCCACACAGCACCAGUGAAAGCAGACACAGACUGGACCUGAUGGGACAGACAAGUGUGGACUUCUGUACGUGGACAGACUGAAUGUCUCUCUGCAAAUGGUGCAAGUGAAUGAAAGCAGGGGACGUGAGAACUGAUUUAUGUCCACAUUUCAUACUGUGCAAAAAAACUGAUUUCAUUUUGUAAAAUCUUUUUGUUAUAUAUAUGUAUCUAUAUAUAUAUAUAUAUAUAUAUAUAUAUAUAUAUAUAUAUAUACAUAUGUAUGUAUGUAUGUAUAUAUAUAUAGAUACAUACUGCCUAUGAUGUUAAUUAUUUGUGAACCUAAAUGAAGGCUUAUGUGUGAACUCCUCAUGUGACACACUCCCUCCCUUCCUCAUGAGCAUGUACAUGCAGAAGCGACUGUAUAUUCUGUACCUGACGGUGAUGUCACUCCAAACAACAACAGACACUUGGUGGUAGUUUGUUUUUCUGUAAGCGCGCAGGUUUAUCACAGGUACGAAACUAGAAUUUCAAACUCCUUACGCAGUUCAUGGAAACACCUGGAAGAUGCAGCUUGGACACAUCAUCAGUGAUGAACCCGGGUCCACAACCAUCGCUGAUGUUCCUGGUGACUUUCCUCUCUUAUGCCAAGAAUCCUUAACACUCGGUGCAGAGAUCGCCAUGGAAACCCCUGCAGCCCGCCUCCAUCGGCUCACAGCGGGCCCUCCCGCCUCGACCAGCUGGAGGCAGUUGGCCCUCUUACGUUGAUUGGCCUCCUCUAUCCGGACUGUAAGACCUGUUUCAAACCCUCUGAUGUGAAGACCACAUCUGUCUUUGGGAUGUGUCUCUGGAAAUGUAAGCUGCUUGUCGAGGUCCAGGCUCGCAGUCCGGCUGACGCCUGCACACUGUUUUUCCCGCGUCCUGACGAAGGCGAUGUUGUGUCUUGCUGGUGUUUCGUCACCUUUAGCACCUGAAGGUGGCGCCGUGAGUACAUCCCCUCUCCCAGGGCUUUAGAGCAGCAGUUUAGGAUCAUGCUCCACAGAGCCUCUCGCCGGGCACAGCGGACAUGCUGGUGUUUGUACUACAGACCAUUUUAGAAACCAAAGGGUAACAAACGAUAACUUAAAGGACACCUUUUUGAAGUUGUCUGACGUAGUGUUAAAGAAAUACAGAACCAUUGAACUGUAACUGGUUAUCAACCUGGGAUUUUACCUGUUAAAUAAAACACAUUUUACAAAAGAAGACACUGUGCAUCAGCGCUGUUGCUCUACAAUCCCAUAAUUAUUGUUAGUCUCAAGUAUAUGGUCAAUUCUUAUCCAGUGUCGAUGUCUGGUGAAUGCAGUUCCCUCGCGUCAGACACAAACAAAACCAGGAACGACCCGAGGAUUCAUCAACCUGACACAUAACAAAUAAUAAGCAUGAAACAGAGAUGAGGAAGUGAGGAAACUACUGAUGACUACGCAGAACUCAGCAAGAAUUAAAGAAAAAAGAAUCAUGUCAACACUUCAUAAACAUGUCAUCGUGAUCAGUGAAGAAAAUCAAGAGUUCUAAAAGGAUAAAUGAAGUUCAGUUGAGUUCUGGGAGCUUUAAAAACAAAUAAAAGUGUAUUCAAAUCAACUCGUCACACAAGUCAGGUCAGGAAGCAUCGUUUAAAGUGAUUUCAGGUGUUUUUUUACGCACAGAAAACCUGAGAGUUUCUUAACUUUAACAUUCAAACACUACAAUGACACACGGUGAAAGAAUACGACCUCACUCACUGUAGUUAUAAAAGAAGGAGAUGAUGUAGAACUGCAGUCAAGUGUUGCCUUUAAAACCUUAAAAUCCAUACAAUCAUUGCAACCUGGACUCAAUGAAGCAACGACACAACCCAAAAAAUCUUCUGCCUGCACCAUGUUUCUGUCCUUCUCUGGAGUGUCGUCACUCUUACAUGUGUUAGAUAUUAGUGGAUGUCCUUGUUUAUGUAGAAUCAUUAUGUAUAAUACGAUAUUGUACAUAUAUAUAAAAGGCUGUGAAGUUGUUGGACUGAGGCGAACUUAAACAAGAUGCUAUUUUCCUAAAUGCACAUUUGUAUAUUAUGUAUAUUUUCCAGCUCAGCCAUGAAAACGUCUUCCUUCGUCCACUUUUCACUCUCAGACACGUCAGGGAGAGACUUUAAAUAAAAGCCACCACCACUCUGGAAUCAGAAAUGUAAACAAUAAUGACCGUGUUUUUAUCUGUCUUACUUAACAUUGUCUUGUAUACUUUGUUUGCGGCUCCAGCAGCAAAUUAAACGACUUUAACAAAC